AUAGAGUUGAUAAUCGUAGUUAUCAUCUUCACCAAACUUUAUUCUGUUAGCUUCCUCCUUACCCAAAGAAAGGGACUUUUCAUUAACUCAACAAAGUAUCUACACAAAUGGGGUUUUUGUUUUACUGCCUAAAUUCGAGCUGAGAUGUUUAUAGAAAGAGAGACUAAUUGAAACGGAAAGUAAUUGAAAAGGAAACUGCAACCGCAGAGCAGAUUAGGGCAUUUGCAGUUACUGAAUAAUCGGAGGCAUAAAGCUGAAAAAAGAUAAACUUUGUUGGAGAUUCUCUGACGCUGCUUCACUGAGUCAUAAAGUUCGCCGCUUUUCUCUCACUUUGUCAUUCAAGUGGAUCUGGAUUCUUGUAAAGGAAUUUGGGAAUUCUCGAAACAUUCCUCGCUUUUUUGGUAUUUACAAAUUAAAAUGGACCCGAAAAGUUGUUCGAAAUCGAUCAGUGUUUGUGAAAGUUCGAGUGGAUCUGUUCUUGAGGCCGUGAUUGUUGUCGCUGAUGUUAAGGGUGAAGAAACCAGUGACUCUGUCUCAAAACAUGUGUUGAUUGAAGAACAAAACGAGAGUAAACCGCAACAAGGAAAAGAAAACGAUUCAAGAAUAGGCACAGAUGGUCUUAGCUGCAGUAAUAUUUCAACUCAUGCUGUGGAUAAUGUUACCAAUGCGGUAAGCUGCCACGAGGAAGAGGAAGAGAGUGAUGAUACUUCGAUGAAACCAAAGGCGAAGGAGUUCCACAUGAUUGAUUUGAGUGGUGAAGGAGAAAGCGAUGAGCAGAGAAUCUGCAGAAUUUGUCAUUUUGGUUCUGAUCAGUCACCGGAUAGAGUUUCUGGUAAAUCAGUAAGUCCAGAGCUGAUUCAGAUUGGCUGCAAAUGCAAAAACGAGCUUGGCCUUGCGCAUUUUCAUUGCGCUGAAGCUUGGUUCAAGCUAAGAGGAAACAGUGUAUGUGAGAUCUGCGGUUGCUCAGCGAAGAAUGUUCCAGUAAGAUUGACAGAGGAAGAGUGGAACGAAGCAAGGGACAUUACAUUGGAUGAGAGAAGAAGACGUGGAAGUGGACAAUCUUGCUGCAUCUUCAUGGUUUUUCUGCUUAGUAUCAUUCUGCUUCAUUGGUUUUUCAAAAAGAUUAGCGGUUACGACAAAACCACAUGAAUUUAGAUUUGUCAGAAUAUAAGUAUUUAUCUUUUGGUAAUUUUAGUAUCCGAUUCUAACUCUAGACUAAAUGAAAAAACGAAGAAGAUGGAAGAAUCAAAAAGUCAAACUCCG